CCCCCCCGCACACCAGACCGGCCUGCCUCAGCUCAACAGGGGAGGCAAGCGCGGCUGUUGCUGAAGCUCCUGCUCUCUGCUUGGAUUCUACCAACCCUGGGGUCGGACGAACACCGUCUGGUCACUUUUUGUGACUUAUUCUGGGAUGUUGCUGCCACACACAGUCGUCCCGUGUUUUUUGUAGUUUUUAUUAAAGCGCAGUCGGUUAACGGCAGCACCGCCACAAAGACGUCCAGCCUCCUCCUCCUAGCCGACGCUGGCUAACUGUGUCUAGCUUCCUGAGGACGAACGCAUCAUUACGAGUUAAUCUCCGCUGACUCGUUUGGCGUAAGCCGCUUGGUCAUAGCUGUUUAUCUAUAACUCGGUGACUAAAGUGGAUGCUUUCAGUCGCCCACCCACGACUGCGGCGGACAGGGCAGCGUUUCGCGACGCGGGGUGUUCGGAAGAUUGAUUUUCAGUUAGCCUCGGCGGAGGAGCUUCGGGGGAUGUUGGCGGCGGCGGCAGCAAAACAAGCUAACGUCGGUUGCUCCGUGUGAAGGAGGGGAGUGUAAGAAAGUGAGGCAACACUUCAAGCUCAUCCGUAAGGAGCUUCAUUUCCUUCAUGUUGGGUUAAAUUCCGGAUUGGAUGUCGCUGGGAGGAUCCCGACAAUUUUCAAACAGAACCUGACACGGAAUAUACAUCAGAAACAGAUCGAAAGGAUUAUUUUUGUGCUUCUUCAGGUGGAUUUCGGCCUCCUACUCUGGAUCAUUGGAGAAACAAAUUAGGUGUUUUGGCACUGACUUAACCUCCCUCUCCCGCUGCACUCUCUAAUGCGGAGAUCUUAGUAGCACCGGCAUCCAAAUCCCCUUAGGCGGCCGGACAUGCUGAAGUGUAUCCCCCUGUGGCGCUGCAAUCGCCACGUCGAGUCGGUGGACAAGCGCCACUGCAACCUGCAGACUGUCCCCGAUGAGAUCUUUCGCUACAGCCGCAGUCUGGAGGAACUUCUCCUCGAUGCCAACCAACUCAAAGAGCUACCAAAGCCUUUCUUCAGACUAUUAAACUUACGGAAGCUCGGCUUGAGUGACAAUGUGAUCCAGAGACUCCCUCCUGAGGUGGCCAACUUCAUGCAGCUGGUGGAACUGGACAUCUCCAGAAAUGAAAUCCCAGAGAUCCCCGAGAGCAUCAAGUUCUGCCGGGCCUUGGAGAUCGCAGAUUUCAGUGGAAACCCGCUCGCCAGAUUGCCGGACGGCUUCACUCAGCUGCGAACGCUGGCUCACCUUUCCCUCAACGAUGUGACAUUACAGACGUUACCCAGCGACAUUGGAAAUCUGGCCAACUUGGUGACGCUGGAGCUCAGGGAGAACCGGUUGAAGUCUCUGCCUACGUCGCUCUCUUUCCUGGUGAAACUGGAACAGCUGGACCUUGGCAGCAAUGAACUGGAAGUUUUGCCGGACACGCUCGGCGCUCUCCCCAACCUGAGGGAGCUUUGGUUGGACCGUAAUCAGUUGUCUUCAUUACCACCUGAACUGGGAAACCUUCGGCGGCUGGUGUGUCUGGACGUCUCUGAGAACCAUCUGGACGAGCUUCCUUCGGAGCUGAACGGCUUGCUGGCUCUCACCGACCUGCUGCUCACACAGAACCUGCUGGAGGUCAUCCCAGACAGCAUAGGUUGUUUAAAGCAGCUGUCCAUUCUGAAAGUGGACCAGAACCGACUAACUCAGCUGACCGACUCUAUAGGAGAGUGUGAAAACCUCACAGAGCUUGUUCUGACGGAGAAUCAUUUACAGUCACUUCCUCGCUCGCUGGGCAAGCUGAAGAAGCUGACGAACCUGAAUGUAGACCGGAACCGGCUCGGCAGCGUGCCCAAAGAGCUCGGCGGCUGCGCCAGCCUCAACGUCCUCUCGCUGAGAGAUAAUCGCCUGAGCAAACUGCCCGCUGAGCUGGCAGACGCCACCGAGCUGCAUGUGCUGGAUGUGGUCGGAAACAGAUUACAAAACUUGCCUUUCGCCUUGACAAACCUCAACCUGAAGGCCAUGUGGCUCACGGAGAACCAGUCGCAGCCGAUGCUCAAGUUCCAGACCGAAGACGACGAGCGGACAGGAGAGAAAGUGUUGACCUGCUACUUACUGCCCCAGCAGCCGUCGCCAAGCCUGGAGAACCUGCUGCAGAACAGCGUGGACGACAGCUUUACGGACAGCAACCUGAACAGAGUGUCCGUCAUUCAGUUCCAGGAAGAGACCAAAGCUGAGGAAGAGGAAGAUGAUGAAGCUGCAGCAGAGCGCAAGGGCCUUCAGCGCAGAGCCACCCCUCACCCCAGUGAGCUGAAGGUGAUGAAGAAGGGGAUAGAGGACAGGAGGAAUGAGCCUUACACAACCAGAGCCGAUGGAGAAGACGAGUCACUUGACCCACAGGCGAAACGACUGAGUGACGUUUCAAAUCAGAGCCAUGACUCCCAGGUGUCCAACAGCACGCUGUCGGCCACGUCCCACGAGGAGAGACACAACCUGGUGGCUCCCUCCCAGCGAGGGGAGCUGGUGAACAACCAGUCCCCCCAGGAGGACGACGACCUGGACGAGAUGGAGGUGGAGUACAUCGAGCCAACCGUGCACUUUGCAGAAGAACCGAUUAUCCGGGGCGGAGAUGAGGACGACGAAGACGACAGAGAGAACGGCGAGAGGAGCGACGAAGACGACGACAGGCCGGCGAUCCCCCAGGAGAAGCAGCGGCUGAUCAGAAAGGACACACCGCAUUACAAGAAGCACUUCAAAAUCAACAAGCUGCCCAAACCCGAGACCGUGGCCGCGCUGCUGCAGGGCUUCAGUCCCGACAGGCUCAACUCCCCGACACGGGCUGCAGAGGACGAGCCGGAUGAAGAGGAGGAAGAGGAGGAUCAGAUUGUAGGCACCCCUCAGCUCCAUCACAGAAUGGAAGAGCUGGACGACAUCCGGCAUCAGGGCAACUCCAGCCAAGUAAAGGGGGUGUCAUUUGAUCAAGUCAAUAAUCUGCUGAUUGAGCCUGCUCGAAUUGAGGAGGAAGAGCACUCGCUGACUAUCGUUCGACAGUCUGGUGGGCUUGGCAUCAGCAUUGCUGGGGGAAAAGGAUCUACGCCUUACAAAGGAGACGACGAGGGAAUCUUCAUCUCCAGAGUAUCUGAGGAAGGUCCUGCAGCAAGAGCAGGAGUGAAAGUGGGAGAUAAGCUUCUAGAGGUGAACGGAGUAGACCUCCAUGAAGCGGAGCAUCACACUGCAGUCGAGGCUCUCCGCAGCUCCGGGGCAACGGUUUCCAUGACGGUACUGCGCGAGCGCAUGGUGGAGCCCGAGAAUGCCAUCACCACCACGCCGCUGAGGCCCGAGGACGACUACUUCCCACGGGAGAGGCGGAGCAGCGGCCUCGCCUUCAACCUGGAGAGCAGUCCUAGCGGACCGCGGCAGAGGUUCUCCACCUGCCUGAUCCGGAACGACAAAGGCCUUGGGUUCAGCAUCGCCGGGGGAAAAGGCUCCACACCGUACCGCACAGGAGACACUGGCAUCUACAUUUCCAGGAUUGCUGAGGGUGGAGCAGCACACAAAGACAGCAUGCUGCGAGUCGGCGACAGGGUGAUCUCUAUCAAUGGUGUAGACAUGACAGAGGCCAGGCAUGACCAGGCAGUAGCGCUCCUUACCGGCACCUCCCCCACCAUCGCACUGCUGGUGGAGCGAGACCUGAGCGCGCCCGGGGACUCUCCGGGUCAGAACCGGGCGCGGGCCCACUCCCCUCCGCCCCCAGAACCCUCUGCCUCUCCAGACCAAGAUGAGGAAGGCCUUCAGGGGAACCACAUGGGGAAGCUGGAGGACGAGUAUCCCAUUGAGGAGGUGACCCUGGUGAAGUCAGGCGGCCCUCUUGGACUGAGCAUCGUUGGAGGCAGUGACCAUGCCAGCCACCCGUUCGGCGUCAAUGAACCUGGGGUCUUCAUCUCAAAGGUGAUUCCUCACGGUCUGGCGUGUCAAAGCGGCCUGCGAGUCGGCGACCGCAUAUUAGAGGUAAACUCUAUCGACCUGCGGCACGCCACGCACCAGGAAGCCGUGCGGGCCCUGCUGGCCAACAAACAGGAGAUCCACAUGUUGGUGCGGAGGGAUCCUUCGCCGCCGGGGAUGCAGGAGGUUCUGAUCCAAAAGCAGCCCGGCGAGAAGCUCGGGAUUAGCAUCCGCGGAGGAGCGAAAGGUCACGCUGGAAACCCCUUCGACCCCACAGAUGAGGGCAUCUUUAUCUCCAAGGUGAGUUCGACCGGCGCAGCAGCCAGAGACGGACGGCUGCAGGUCGGCAUGCGCAUCCUGGAGGUGAACAACCACAGCCUGCUGGGAAUGACCCACACAGAGGCGGUCAGAGUGCUCCGUGCGGUCGGCGACUCCCUGGUCAUGCUGGUGUGCGACGGCUUUGACCCGCGGAAAGUCGCAGCUGUUGAGGCGUCUCCUGGGAUCAUCGCCAACCCGUUUGCAACCGGCAUCGUACGCAAGAACAGCAUGGAGAGCAUCUCUUCCAUAGACCGAGACCUGAGCCCAGAGGAAAUGGAAAUCAUACAGAAGGAGUCUGAGAUGGUCAGGGAGACGUCGCAGUGGGAGCGAGAGGAGAUGGAGAAAGUGGAGCGUAUGCGUUUGGAGCGUGAGGAGGCAACUCGCCUGCUAGAAGAGGAGACGGAGAACCUUGGCACUGGACCUUUAAAACUUGACUACAAAACCCUGGCUGCUCUCCCCACCACCAGCCUCCAGAAAGUGAACCGGUUCUCUGCUUCUGUUACUCUGACUGCCACCAUGGAGGCUCCCCUGCCGGCCAAUCAUGGAGCCCCUUUAGAGCCCUUCGGGUCGGGCAAACCCGCCGAACUCCUCACUGAUUAUUUCCACCAAUCCGAGUUGUCCCACAACGGGACGUCCAGCGUCCCUGACAGUCCAGCCGUUGACUCGACAGUUUCUCCUGAGGAGGAAGAGGAGUGCCUGGUGGACUCGCAGCCCAUGUGCUUUAGUGAGAACCCCUUCCUGGUGGCUAACCGUAGAGGGAGAGGCCUUCCACCCGGAGAGCGGGUCCUGUCGGGGCCUCCGGUGGGCUACGGCAGGCAGGGGAAGCUGCAGCCCUGGUUGUUCAGCAAGGCAUCUUCGUCUGAUUACAGCAGAACGGACAGCCCAGUCAGGGAAGCACCAUAUUCUCCCACUAUCCAACCGCCCAGCCUCCACUCCUCCAGCAGCUCCCUGUGUGCAGGCAGGGAGACCCGCUUUGCAAACAUUCAUUUCACUGCCACUCCCACUGCUAAGGACAGCACUUCAUCAUCAUCAACGCGGCCUGGAGCCAUCCAGCCAGUCGGACGCGUGUGGCCCACCGCCUCCCCCGGCACGCCGGAGGGCCGCAGCCCUAACCCCUUUCAGCAUGGCCCUUCCCCGUUCAACUCCUCUCCUCGCGCCCCCUCCCCCUCUUCGCCCGACGAGUUCCCAAUGAAUGUCAAGCAGGCAUACAAGGCGUUCGCCGCCGUGCCUCGCUCGCUGGCAGUCCUGGAGCCGCCGCAGGAUCUGUACGGUGUGAGGAACAAUUUUCACCCAAAGCAACCUUCACCAGAGCCUGUGCUGAACGACGAGGUGUUUGAUGAUAGAAGUGAAGGUCAGGAGGGAGGCGGUGAGGGUCUGACCAGCAGGGUCUCCCCGCGGCCCUCCCUCUCCUCCGAUCGACGGGACUAUAUGAGCCUGGCCGCCGUGCCGCGCUUCUCUAGAUCCUCCAUGGAGCAGCAGAGUCCGUCUCUUGGAGGUAAGAACAGCCCGGAGCAGCGCUCCUUCAGGGACAGGCAGAAAUACUUUGAGAUUGACGUGAAGCAGCAGACGCCAGAGAAACCCAAACCCAGAGUCUCCCUCGUUGGAGAGGACGACCUCAAGAAAAUGAGGGAGGAGGAAGAGAGGAAGUUUGAGCAGCGAGCGCGGGAGUACCUGAUGGACGAAGAGGAUGAGGAUGAGGAAGAAGACCUGGCUAAGCAGGUGGAGCACAUGAAGGCUACAGGAAAGGUUUUGUUAGACGGGGUAGAGUACAAGGUGGAGCCCGUUUCUAAUCCGUCUCAGCACUGCUCCACUCCACUGAGCUUCACCGGCAGCUCCGGGCCUUCUUCAGUAGAUGGGAAGGGCGACUCUCAGAGAAAUUCACUGGAGGACAGCUUCAGGUUGGAGCAGAGACCAAACUCCAUGACGGGUCUGGUGUCGUCUUACCCUGGAGAGUCGGCGGCGCCCAUCCGCACGGCCAAGGCGGAGCGCAGACAUCAGGAGAGGCUCCGCAUGCAGAGCCCGGAGCUCUCCGUGGCCCUGGACAAGGAUCUGUCUCCUGCAGAGAAACGAGCACUGGAAGCUGAGAAGAGAGCCAUGUGGCGGGCGGCACGGCCCUAUGGCCUAGAGGAGGAUGUUAGACAGUAUGAGCAGGACCUGGCAAAGAGGCUCUACCAGGCCCGAGUGAGGGCCUCUCAGGGCGCAGCCCCCCAUGCUUCCUCCUCUACCUCCUCCUCUGCAGCCUCCCAGCUCAGAAUGAAGUCUCUGGAACAAGAUGCACUGAAAGCUCAGAUGGUCAUCGCCAAAACUCGGGACGGGAAGAAGCGUGGGACACUAGACCAGCUGACGGAGUCCCCGUCGCCGGCUCCGACGCCGUCUCCCACUCCCAUGGAAGAGCUCAGUCCUCGAGCAUUAACCUCUCCAGGCAGACUGUCCCUGUCAUCAAAGAAGUUUGACUACCGACAGUUUGCCGCCAUUCCUUCUUCCAAACCCGUAUACGACAUUCAGACCCCUGACGCAGCAGAGGAAGUGCAAUACAUCGACUCCUCCAGUAAUGCUGGGCACGGCCCCGAAGUGGAGGCUCCCGCCCCGAUGCCCACCACCUCGGCCCUGGAGGAGAUGGCCCUCUACAGCAACAAACGCAAACUGAGGCAGGGCCGCCGCAGCCUGGAAGCCGCUGUGCCGACGUAACACAACCAAAACGUUAACCCAGAGAGGUCGCCUCUCCAAAUAUAACCACUGCAAAGACUCUGAAGCUUUUAGUUGCCACAUAGAUACUCACUUAUAUCCUGCGUGCCAGUCUUGCCUUUAUAGUCUGUGGGUGAGUCGGUGAGCUCCGUAUCUGGACGGGACGAGUCGGUGUGGUUAGCUAGGAUUGCUACUUGCAGAUGAAUUAUUUUCUUAAAUCUCCUGUUUGCCUCGUAGAUCAGAUCUAUUUUAACUUGAGGGUGAUCAAAGUUUUUAGUUUUCUUUAGUUUUUCAUUUCUGCACCAUUGUGAUGUCGCUGUUAUGAAAAAAAAAGCAUAGUGGAAACAGGAAAUGAGAAGAAAUGGGUUAUAGUUUUACUAACUUCAGCGAUUAGAUUGUAAAGUGUCUGUUUUUAAUGAUUUGUGGUGUAAAUAUUAACUGAGGAGGGAACAGCUUGCUACCUUCACCAUCUUAUAUGGUGGAAAAUCUUUUCUCUUGAAGCACAUAUCAUUUAUUCACUGCCACUGUAUCAUAAUUUAUUAUCAUUUUAGACAAAUCGAAGGCCUUCAUUCUACAUUUUCAACCAUUUUAAACUCAAGAUGAUUUCCUAAUACUCAUCUGCAUAUCACUACUUAUAUUUACUUUAUAAAAACACUUAAAUCACAAGGGGAAUUGUUGCAAACACGAUUUAAAUGUUUGGACGAACGUGUCUACUUGCUGUUCAUCCCUGCAGCCUCUGUUCAGACUAACCCUCGUUACAUUCCCCUACAGAGAGGACAACUACACUGGACACAGCAGCAGCAGAUACUCCCCAAAUGAGAGUAUUAGUACUUGGGAUCAUGCAUUUUAUCAUUUAUCAAUGGUACUUGCCCUUUUAAGGGUAUUGUGUGUUUUUGUAUUUUUAUUUUUAAAUCAAUGUGAACCAUUAAUGCUACCCUAGCAUCUUUUGCGUUAUCUGGCUUUUUUUUUUUAACCACAGUGAUGUGAAAGGUAGCAGGGAGUUUUAUUUUUCCAACUAUGGUUAACUUAAAUCUGAUGCCACUGAAAAAAAUCAUUUAUCGUGUGAAUAAUGUACAAAAACUGUAAGGAAGAAGAGAAAAUAUGGGUUGGAAACUGAGCCUGUCUGGACUGCUGAAGCAUCUGGGUGAGGUUGACGCUUGGUGUUGGGAUGCUCUCCAUGUAAACUGGGAGAGCUGCAAAACAUUCUGCAGAAUCACAGCAUCGUAGCAUUUUGUUAAUUUAAUCUAGGGUCUAUGAUUACUUUUCCAUGUUGCUCUCACUGACUGAAAUUCAGUUUAUCAUUUGCUGUUUGUUUUUUCUUUUUUUUAUUUGUAGGCAACUACCUUUUUUUUUUCAGAAGAGUUUCACUACAUUGAUGCCGUGUUUUUAUGUUUUCUGUGUUUUAUUUUUGUCUCAAGUUCUUUUUGGGGGAUUUAACUUGCUAACAGGCCAGAGGGUGUGGGGUCAGAUGUCCUAGGGUCAAGGGUUAUAGAUCAUAUAAGACUGUAACUAGUGAAUUUGUACAACCAAAGAAGUCUAUUUUGUGGUUCAGGAAUAAUAAAUUUUACUUUUCAUUUAAGAAGCUAA